CUCCAUAUGCUAACCUCGCCGCCAUCUCUCAUCGCCCCAGCCGGGCCCUCCCCGCAGCGCCACCUCCCUUCCAACUCUCCCGGCGAAUCCAAUGGAGCGGCGGAAGAUGCUCGCGGACCUCCUCCGGGCGAGCGCGAGGGGCCCGGACCUCCGCGGCGGCGCGCAGCUCCACGGCGCGCUCACCAAGCUCGGCUUCGGAUCCGACACCAUGCUCGGCAACAACCUGGUCGACAUGUACGCCAAGUGCGGGAAACUCGACAUGUCCCGCCAGGUGUUCGACGGAAUGCCCGAGAGGAACGUGGUCUCGUGGACGGCCCUCAUGGUGGGCUUCCUGCAGCAGGGGCGCGCCGGGGAGUGCCUCCGGCUGUUCGGGGAGAUGCGAAGGGUCUCGGAGGUCCCGCCGAACGAGUUCACGCUCUCGGCGACCCUCAAGGCGUGCGGCGUCGUCGGGGACACGGGCGCCGGUGUUCGUGUCCACGGGGCCUGCGUCAGGAUGGGGUUCGAGGGGCAUGGCGUGGUUGCCAACUCGCUGGUGCUCGUGUACUCCAAGGGCGGGAGGAUAGGCAACGCGCGGCGGGUGUUUGAUGGCGCUGCUGCGUUCAGGGACCUCGUCACCUGGAAUGCCAUGAUCUCCGGCUACGCGCACGCCGGGCGUGGCAAGGACUCGCUGCUCGUCUUCCGGGAGAUGCAGCAGCGAGGAGAUGAGGAUUGUCAGCCUGAUGAGUUCACCUUCGCCAGCUUGCUGAAAGCCUGCAGCGGCCUAGGCGCGGCUCGAGAGGGCACGCAGGCUCACGCGGCCAUGGUGACCAGAGGGGUCUCCACGGCAUCCAGUGCCAUCCUCGCCGGCGCGCUGCUUGAUGUGUAUGUAAAAUGCCAUUGCCUGCCGGCGGCAAUGCAAGUGUUUGAUCGGUUGGAAAGGAAGAAUGCCAUCCAGUGGACGACGGUGAUCGUCGGGCACGCACAAGAAGGGCAGGUGAAGGAAGCAUUGGAGCUGUUCCGGCGGUUCUGGAGCUCUGGCGUCCGUGCUGAUGGACAUGUCCUCUCCAGCAUCGUUGGCCUGUUUGCAGACUUUGCUCUCGUCGAGCAGGGGAGACAAGUGCACUGCUACACAGUCAAGAACCCGGCCGGGCUCGACGUGUCAGUGUCCAACUCCCUGGUCGACAUGUACCACAAGUGUGGGCUGACCGACGAGGCGGAGCAGCGGUUCUGGGAGACGCCGAUGAGGAACGUCGUGUCAUGGACAGCGAUGAUCAACGGCCUCGGGAAGCACGGCCAUGGCCGAGAGGCCAUUGACAUGUUCGAGAAAAUGCGAACGGAAGGCGUCGAGCCUGACGAGGUGAGCUACCUGGCCCUCCUGUCGGCGUGCAGCCACUCUGGCCUUGUUGAGGAGUGUCGCCGGUAUUUCUCGAUGAUCCGCCAGGACAAACGGCUGAGGCCGAGGGCUGAGCACUAUGCGUGCAUGGUAGACCUCCUCGGCCGCGCCGGGGAGCUCACGGAGGCCAGGGACCUUGUUGCGACGAUGCCGAUGGAGCCCACCGUCGGCGUGUGGCAGACUCUGCUCAGCGCCUGCAGGGUGCACAAGGACGUCACCACAGCCAAGGAGGCAGGCGAGGCCCUCCUGGCCAUGGACGGCGACAACCCGGCUAACUAUGUGAUGCUGUCGAACAUCUUCGCCGAAGCUGGCGAGUGGCGGGAGCACCAGCAGGUGCGCGACGCCAUGCGGCGCCGGGGCCUGCGGAAGCAGGGCGGGUGCAGCUGGGUGGAGGUCGGCAAGGAGACACACUUCUUCUACGGUGGCGGCGACACCACCCACCCACGCGCCACCGACAUCCGCCGCGUUCUCCGCGAUGUGGAGAGCAGGAUGAGAGAGCAGCUCGGGUACAGUGCUGGGUCGUCGGCGCACGCGGUGGCGCUGCACGACGUGGACGAGGAGUCGCGCGCCGAGGGCCUGCGGGCGCACAGCGAGCGGCUGGCUGUGGGGCUGUGGCUGCUGCACCACGGUGAGCACCACCAUGGCGAUGGGGAGGAAGAGGAGGAGGGGAGGAGGGAGGUGAUCAGGGUGUACAAGAACCUUCGGGUGUGUGGCGACUGCCACGAGUUCUUCAAGGGGCUGUCGCGGGUGGUGGCUAGGGUGAUGGUGGUCAGGGACGCCAACCGGUUCCACAGGUUCCAGGACGGCGCAUGCUCCUGCAAAGACUACUGGUGACACACAUAACAGAACUCACACUGAAACACAGACCUCAUAAGCUGACUUGACAAAAGGAAAAAGAAGCACAAACGGCUUUACCACUGAAAUGCCAGGCAACAUGGCUAUCCAUUGGUCGCUGUGUCAUCAAGAUAUUUCGCUCUGCCUGGAGUCCUGCAGGCUGCAGGCAGCAUACAGUCUGAUCUGAUCUGAUUAUGGUCCUUUGUGGAACAAGAUUUGGGAACUGCCAUAUGCCCGAGUGAAGCUGAGCAUUUCAUUUGGACACUGAUUUGGUCACAGUAUCCUGGCAGCUCGAUCUCGUAUGAAGAUGAGGAGGAAACCCCGUUUGUUCUUUCUGUACAAGACUAGACGAGGGGUGAAUCCAGAUUGCUCCUGGAGGAAGGAAGGUGCCAUUCCAGCUUGCUUUUGAAUUGCCGGUUCGUCAGUUAAAACAGAGUCCCGAGGACCUCGCGUCGCCCUGAAAUUAUGUGUGCUUCCUUGGCCUUGGUGGUCUGUCUGUCUUGUCGCAACAAAAUGAAUGCUAGUUACUGGGCCUCAUGAGCAACUUCAGUUUAUGAACUAGCCAGGUACACACAAUUCUGAAUUUAUUUGAAGGAGAAUGUACCAUGCUU